CUCCCCUCGCCGCCCCCCAACACCAGCGACCCGACCGCCGCCGCCACCGCCGCCGGCAGCCGCCCCUGGCUGGACGACCCCUUUUUCCUGGUGGAGACCCUCUGCAUCUGCUGGUUCUCGCUGGAGCUGCUGGUGCGGCUGCUGGCCAGCCCCAGCAAGGCGGCCUUCUUCCGCAACGCCAUGAACCUCAUCGACCUGGCGGCCAUCGCGCCCUACUUCGUGGCGCUGGGCACCGAGCUGGCCCGCCGGCGCGGCGUGGGGCAGCCGGCCAUGUCGCUCGCCAUCCUGCGCGUCAUCCGCUUGGUGCGGGUCUUCCGCGUCUUCAAGCUGUCCCGGCACUCGAGGGGGCUUCAGAUCCUGGGGCAGACCCUCAAGGCCAGCAUGAGGGAGCUGGGCCUCCUCAUCUUCUUCCUCCUCAUCGGCGUCGUCCUCUUCUCCAGCGCCGUCUACUUCGCCGAGGCCGAAGACGCCGGCACCAGCUUCACCUCCAUCCCGCAGGCCUUCUGGUGGGCCGUGGUCACCAUGACCACCGUGGGCUACGGGGACAUGGCGCCGGUGACGGUGGGGGGCAAGCUGGUGGGCUCGCUCUGCGCCAUCGCCGGCGUCCUCACCAUCUCGCUGCCCGUCCCCGUCAUCGUCUCCAACUUCAGCUUCUUCUACCGCCGCGAGCUGCGGGGGGAGGAAGGGGGCGAGUGCGUCCCGGCCCCCCCCUGCCCCUUGCACCCGCCGCCCCCGCCCACCCCCGAGCCCCCCGACCCCGGCUCUAAAGCUGGGGAGGGGGAGAUGGCGGACGGGGAG